GGCAUUAAUAUUGUCUGGAUUUGCAAAACAUUUAUUGUCAAACACUGAACAAAAGUUAUGUUCAUCAUAUCGACAAUUGUCGUCAGCAGUAAAUCAAUAUUUUAAAUCAUGCGAUCUGGAGAUACACGAGUGCGACAAAAAUGAGAGGAAAGCCAAACCCGAUAACUGGGGCAGUCUGUUGUUUGGMCGUAACUUCAAUGACCAUAUGUUUGAAGUAAACUGGACUCACGAUAAGGGUUGGGGUCGACCACUGAUCUGUCCGAUUCAUAACCUAUCGUUGCAUCCGUCGGCCAAAGUCUUUCAUUACGCCCAAGAGUUAUUUGAAGGACUAAAGGCGUUUCGCGGCGUCGACGGGAAUAUCCGGAUAUUCCGGCCCGACAUGAAUAUGAAGCGAAUGCGGGCAUCGGCUGAACGUAUAAAUUUACCGGACUUCGAUGGCAACGAACUGUUGGAGUGUCUGAAAAAGYUGAUCCAAAUCGAUGCCGAUUGGGUGCCACCCUAUGGCUCGGGWGCCUCRCUGUACAUACGGCCCACAUAUAUCGGUACUGAGCCGGCACUCGGYGUCCACAGCAGCAAAGAUGCUAUGCUAUACAUUAUAUGCGGUCCCGUUGGACCCUAUUUUCCAACUGGUGCCAUGAAACCGGUAUCACUGUUGGCCGAUCCRCGUUUUGUCAGGGCCUGGCCGGGCGGUGUCGGMGACAAAAAAUUGGGCGUCAACUAUGGGCCACAAUUGGCUGUACAACAGUUGGCCGAAAAGAUGGGCCACCAGCAGGUGCUCUGGCUGUUCGGCGACGACCAUCAGCUGACCGAAGUCGGCGCUAUGAAUGUGUUUGUCUAUUUGGUCAACGAUCGGGGCGAACGUGAACUGGUCACACCGCCGCUACAGUCGGGCCUAAUACUGCCCGGUGUUACCCGAUUGUCGUUGAUCCAGUUGGCCCAACAGUGGUCAGAGUUUAAGAUUACCGAACGGGCGAUAAACAUGCAAGAGAUUCGUCAGUUGGUCAAAGAAAAACGUUUGCUGGAGAUGUUCGGCGCCGGUACGGCCUGUAGUGUCUGUCCCAUUGGACGUAUACAUUAUAAAAAUGAGGACAUCAUAGUACCCGGAUUACCUGAACAGGAGUCACUACAGCUAAGGCUAUAUAAGACACUACAGGACAUACAGUACGGUAUUGUACCGCACGACUGGUCAGUGAUUAUUUGAAUGAGUAGUCUCGAUGAUCGGUGUGUGUGUGUCGGGGUAUCARACCAUUGUCUGUCUCUCCCAAUGUCUAGAAGUGAUGCCAUAUAUGUAUGAUAAGAUUAUAUUGAAAAAAAUAAAUAUAUAAUUUUUAAUAAUAUAUAUA